AUGACGAGCUCGCAAGAGACUGCCUCGAGGGCACCUGUGGUGAUAGCUGGAUACACCGUUUCUAUCGUCUGUAUGGUGCUAUGCACAGGUUUACGGCUUUUUGUGAAAGUUCGUGGUCCAUCAGAGGACCGCUUUCAUGCAGAUGACUACCUAAUUACCCUAGCCACGGUGCAUUUACCUCCCUAUCGCCCGAUACUAGAGGUAGCGUACAGUAUUAUCAUGCUGGCUGUCGGGGUGCGUCAUGGUUUCGGUAAACAUGCUUCAAUUCUUGCGACUAGUGAUCUACAGGCAUUCUUGAAGGGAGACUAUGUUGCUAGCCACCUUUAUAAUGUCGGCCUGGCAAGUGUCAAACUCGGAAUCCUCACCUUAUACUACCGCAUAUUCGCUAUACAGUGGUUCCGCAGGAUAGUAAUUGGCUGCGUCACAUUCGUCUGCCUGUGGAUUGCGACCAUUGAGAUCUUUAUGGGCCUGCUCUGUCAACCACUGGAGGCUAUCUGGGAUGUCAGUGUCAAAGGCCAUUGCUUCAACUCCAGCGCACUACCUUGUCAUUUUGCUCUCCCAAUAAGAGUGAUUGUGCGGCUCCGUACGACCCGGAGCAAUAAAAUUGCCCUCUGUAUUAUAUUUUCAAUUGGAUUCAUAACAUGCGGUAUAAGCGCUGCCCGUCUAGCCUUCGUCUUUGCCGAAAGCUCGUCCGACAUCACCUGGGACGGCGUCGACCUCGGAGUCCUAUCCGGUUUUGAAUCGCUCGAGGGCAUCCUCUGCGCCAACCUCCCCAUCAUCUACCGCCUCUUCAGGCAAGCCGCACAAAAAGUCACCAGCCGAACAGGAGGCAGCUCCUCCCUUCCCCACCUACAGUAUGGGCGCGAGUCCAAGAACUUCAUGUCACGGUCGCGCCCUCGCCGACACCGUCUUGACGAAACGCUCAAUGAACAUUGGAUCCAAUUACAGAACGGCAAUUCUUCGAAUGACAGCCAUCUCCCUGGGGGGCCACAUGAUUUCGCUGUGCAAAAGGUGGUAGACAUGGAGACGGGGAUGGAGGUAGUGCGGUUGAGUAAUUUCCCAAAUGCUAUUACAGUGAAGAGAGAAUUUCAUCAGACGGUGGAGGGUCGUCGGUGAUAAAUCUCCUUUGGUGCUGUAUGUCUAGAGAGUGGUCAUUCAUUUGUGUCCCUGUCAGGGGAGGGUUUCUUAUGUUGAGGUAGACAAAAA